AUGUUUUUUGGGAUUCUUAAUAUCAUUGUCAUUGUUUACAUUUCACUCCCUAGUCUAGAUUGUGUUCCCCUUAGCUUUAGAUCGAAAAGGAGAAUUUUCUUCAAUUUUACACAUUUCUUUAUCUUUUCGAAUUCCAACAGUUUUAACCCUAAAUUCAAUCAAUUUGUCAAUUUUAGCCCUCAAUUCCAUCAGUUAAAGAAUUUUAAUAAGUUUGGUAAAUUAUUGAGGAGUAAUGAUGUGGAUUCGGAAGUACCAUAUGAUUUUGGAGUUUACGAGAAUAUUUGGCAAAAGUAUUGGGAAUCCAAUGAUUUGUAUAAACCAAUUCAACCCAAAUUAAGUAACAAUGUACCAUAUAAUCCAGAUGAUACAGCAUCUUAUGAUGCCUGUUUACCAACUACUCCAUAUAAUGUAAAUGAUGCAAAUGUUGAUAAAAUUGAUCAGCGUGAUUUGUAUAAAAGUGUAGAUACCUCCAGUACUGAUGUUCAUACUGCUAUGGACAAGGAUAAGAAGUACUAUAUACUUAGUAUGAUCCCGUAUGUAUCAGGCAAAGGGUUACAUGUUGGCCAUUUGCUAGGUUAUACAGUGGUGGACGUGAUAGCGCGUUAUAAAAGGUUAAAGGGGUUCAACGUGCUUAACCCUAUGGGCUAUGAUAGCUUUGGGAUACCAACACAGCUAUACUCUAAAAAGCAUAAUUUGACGCCAGAAGAAGCCGUUGAACAGAAUGUCAAUAACUUCCGUCAACAACUAAAGGCCAUGGGAUACUCAUUCGACUAUUCUAGAGAACUGGUCACCUCAGACGUUUCAUACUAUAAGUGGACUCAGUGGAUUUUCCAGCAAAUGUACCUUAAAAACCUAGCAUACGUCGAUACGGACUAUGUAAACUACUGCUCAGAGCUGGGCAGUGAGCUCUCUAACGAGGAGGUGGUUGACGGAAAAUCAGUUCGAGGCGGUUUUGACGUGUACAAAAAGUUAAAAUCAAUGUGGAAACUGAGAAUUACGGAAUAUGCUCAGAGGCUAUACGAUGACCUCAAGAAUGUUGACUUCCCAGAUCGAUUAAUACACCUUCAAAGAACUUGGAUUAACCCCCAAAAAGGUUUUAUUAUACCCUUCAAAUUAUUUAUAAAAACUGAUACCGAUAACACCAGUACUAACUCAUUUGACAAAGAUAACAUAGUGGAUAACAAUAUCGCAAUGGUAAAUAGUGUAAAUAAAACAACAGAAGAUUUGGACAAUAAAUUUGCUGGAUCAAAACACGAAUGCAUAGCGUUUGUAGACGAUAUAAAAAAGUUAGAUGAGAUAACCACUCUAGAAAUGUCAGCACUGCAGGAGGAUAUAUUUAGUUAUUGCAGCGCAGACAGAGUUGAACUAGUUAAAGAACUGCUAGAAGAGACUUUGAGGAAGUCAAAUUUACAGCUUUUAGAUGAGAGAAAUAGGAGGAAAGUAUUUAGUGGGUUGUUUUUUAUGAACCCACACAACUUAAAACCAGUACCACUUUUCAUCACCAACUCUUCCAUCAACACUAAUCAACCAAUUAAUUCAAUCCCAAUCUAUUCUUUAGAUACAGAUAAGAAAUCCAAUGAGGAUAUACCCACAGACGCAAAUGUUAACUCAAUUACAGAUGCAAAUAAGGAUUACAAGGAGUACAUAAAUUAUAAUAUGAAAGAUUGGGUAUUUAGUAGGAAUCGAGGCUGGGGAGAACCAAUACCAGUGGAUACCUCUAAAAAAGAGUUGAAACCCCUUCCUGUUAAAUUAUCUCCGUCAGUAGUUGAGACAAUGCCUCAGUGGGCUGGUAGUAGUUGGCAUUUUUUAAGAUUUACAGACCCAAACAACCAACACCAAUUGUUCAAUAAAUCAUUAGCUUCCUACUGGUUACCAGUAGAUUUAUACGUUGGCGGGAUUGAGCAUGCAGUUUCUCACCUUCUUUAUAGCCGAUUCUGGAACAAAUUCCUCUUCGACAUUGGGGUUUCACCAGUUUCCGAGCCUUUUCGGAAGGUCCUAAUCCACGGCAUAAUUAAAAGUGUUAGAUAUUUCAUACCUCACAAUACCAUUAACAACUUGUCGUCUGAUAUAAAAGAUCAUAUUAUAAACUAUAAUACUCCAUUACAAGACCCACAAAAUAACUCGGCUCCUCAAAAUUUUGAAGUUCCUCAAGACUUGGUGAUGAAGUAUAAAAGUAAGUACGUAUUGAAGUCAGAUAAGUCAAUACAAGUCAAAACGCGCUCUUGUAAGAUGUCGAAAUCUCGAGGAAACGUGGCUAGUCCUGAAGAAAUCAUAAAGCGUUUUGGUGCUGACUCCCUGAGACUUCACUUGUUAUUCCAAGGCCCUGUGGACAAGGACAGAAUCUGGUCAAUUCAAUCAAUCCAAGGCCCCUACAAAUUACUCAAAUCAAUCAACGCAUUUGUUACAAACUUUUUCAAACAAAAUUCUAUUGAAUCCACCUCAAACAAUACAAUUGACCCUACUGUAAUCCCUAAGUUGAAUGAAUUUAUAAACACAAUGACUUAUAAUAUGGAGAAUUUUAAGUUGAACAAGGUCUCUGAGUUUUUCAAGUUUUUUACCCUAAUGAAGCUUUGGGAUGAGGAAAAGAAACUAAGUCCCAGGGUUGUCGAGACGUUUCUAAUUAUACUAAGCCCAUUUGCGCCUCAUUUAUCUGAGCACCUGUGGUACACUAAACACAGACUCAGCAGUGGAGAACCAGACAACGAACUCUACAACGAAGUGAGCAAAAAAUUCAAGAGCAUAACUUUGGAAAAAUGGCCAAAAAUUGUUAAUAUGUAG